AUGCUGUCUCGUCAAUAUGGAGGAGUUGCGGUUCGUAAUUUUUUCAAGAAAUUUUUUUCAAAAAUUUGUCUAUUCAGAAACGAUUCGCCUCGGCUUCAGCCGCCCAGGCCAGAUCAUCUGCUCAAGACAAAACUUCCGUUUUGAACAACGGCCUGACUGUCUCUAGCAUUGAACUCAAUGGUCAGUUUAUCAAAAUUUGAGAUUACUUUUGAUUAUUUAAAAAAAGUUUUCAAUUUAUUUACUUUUUUUCAAAUAAUGUUUAAAAAAAGUGUUUUUGAACAAAAUUAGAGAUUAACUGGAGAAAUUUCGAAUCAUUUACUGGGUUACGGGUUUUUAGACUCUCGCAGUUUUUUUAUUUAAUGUUAUUUCACGUAUUGAAUUUGUGCAACGAAAUUUGAAUUCUUUUAAAGUUUUCAUUAAAAAAACUAAACAUUAAUACCUAUUUGAAAUAACUUGAAAAAAAUUCUUUUUCACCUUUUCCGGUAUAGAUUAAAUUUUUUUGGGUAUUUUUUUCUUUUUGGAUGCAAUUUUAAAGACUUUAUCAAAGAUUUACUUCAAAUUAACUAAGCGAUUUUAAAAAAACUGAACGCAAUAUGAAGAAAAAAAGAUGGAAAGUUUUGCUUUUCACUUUUUGCUGAAUUGUCACAGAAGUAUUUCUAUUGUUAGACUGUUGAAGAAGAAGAUUAACAUUAUUAUUGAAAAAAAACCUUCAAAAAUAGCUUUCAGAUUCAAAAAAAUCGCCCUUUUCCAGGAGCAACCUCCCAGUUGGUUCUCGCUUUCCGCGCUGGAAGUCGUUACCAGCCCGCGAACAAGCAAGGACUCGUCCACUUGGUCCGCAACAGCAUCGGACGGGAUUCUCAGGAGUUUCCGGGCCUGUCACUCGUCUGGAACACUGCCGCUAAUGGAGGACAGCUGGUAAUCAUUCUGUUCAAAAAUAACUGAUCGAAACUUUUUGUAGAUUUCUUCGGUUUUCUAGGGAAUCUGGAUAGUUUUCAAGGAUUUUUAGACAGUAUCACCUAAAAUUUUUGUGACAAAAGAAGGAGAAAACAUAAAUUUCAACAUUCAAAAGUUUCGAGCCGAUUUGAGCUCAAAAACAGCCACAAUCCAUCAUUUUUUUGAAGGAACUUUUUAUUAAUUUUUUUCUCAUCGUUCAGUUUCCUUACCAAAACUUUCAGACGGCUUCGUCGAACAAGGAUUUGCUCGCGAUCCAGAUUGGUGUUGUUCGCAACAACGCCCCAGUUGCCCUUUCCAUUCUCGGACAACUUGGAAACAACGCCUUCAAGCCUUGGGACGUUGAAGAGGUGUGUUUGAUUCAUAUUUAUGAAAAAAAUGUCUGAUAUUCAUAUCAGAAUAGUUUUUUUGACGUUAAUUUCUCAUGAUUUCUGUAAGAAUUUUUGGUUUUUCAAAAACUGAAGCCUUCAUUUUGACACAAAAACUUUACUGUGACAGUUCCAAGGCUUUGAUCUUCACAAAAUAAGAAAUGGUACUUUUUUUCUUGAAAUUUGUUCUCACAAAUUAAACAUUUUUUUCUCAAGCCUUCUCAGACUUUUAAGGCACAAAAAAGUUAGGUAAACUACACGAGUUUUGAUAGAUUUAUUUUCUUCUUUGAGCUCAAUACUCUUCAGGUCGCUGCGGAGACGAUCAAGCGCGACCAAGCCAAACGAUGUGGCAACAACAUCGUUCUGGAGCAGCUCCACGAAGCGGCUUUCCGCAACGGACCGCUGUCCCGCAGCAGCUACAUCCAAGAACACUCCAUCUCCGCAAAAGACCUUUCCGCGUUUGCUGUGAGUUUUUAUUUGGAAAAUGCUGAAUAUUAUCUAGAAGUUUUGCUCCAAUCACAACAAAUUUGUGAACCCCUCUAUAUCAUUAUCAAUAUUUAUUGGUUGUUUAAAGGCAUAGGGGCAGUAAAAAAUGGGGUUUCAGGUGAAAGCAGUAUCUUAUACAGUUUUUCUUUGCGAAUCGAAUGGUGUACUCAAAAAAAUUACAGAUGUGACAACUUUAGAAGAAAAACGCGAUUUUACUUUCCCGCCUUUUAUUUUGAAAAAAGCUUUGGAUCGGUAUGCAGACAAAUGUUUACAGUAGCUGUGCACGCAAUGUUGCGGACGUCUCAUUAGACUCGCAUUUUGUGAGAGAUAUCCGAAUAUCUGCUUCAAAUUAAGGGCUUCUUCUCUGAAAAAUCGAUUAAGAAAACAGAAAACACACAUUAAUAAUAUAGAAAACACAAAUAAUCGCUUUCCCAAUCGAAACCUGUGUAAAAUCAUCAUUUUUCACCAGAAAAGCAUUUUUGCGAUUAAAGUGUGCAAAUUAUACAUUAAUAGAAAGCUUUUGUGACGAAAAGAACUUUGGUGACAACAGAAAAAAUUAAAAACCGAAAGAAACGAAGAAAAAAGCGAAAAUCCGGAAGAUGACGAAGCCUGUUGUCCAUAGAGCAACUUUACUGCAAAGUGCCCUUUUCGCGGGAACUCAAACUUUCCUUCCUCCGUCUUUGAAUUAUUUUUUCUCCGAAACUAGGAACUUCUGUACAUUUCCAAGUUCACCGUUCGAUUCGCAAUGAAAAACUCUACAAAAUACUGCUUUGAACUGAAACCCCGUUUUUUACUGCCCCUAUGCCUUUAAGUCAGGUGGAAUCGACUAGGCGGUGAGAAAAUUGCUUUUUUGAGCGGCACUAACACCGCCUUUGGCGAAAAAGAAGUCAAAACGUGUAGUCGAUUGAAUUGAAAGCAUGGUCUUACGGUCCUUCUCCUCGCUCUUCCACAAGUAGAGACCUCAGUUUUGCGGGUACGGGCACGGCGGUGAUAGUGGGGCUCGGUCACGGACGCCGUGUACACUCUAGGGUAGCCUCGGCCAAUUGAGAGAGCUACCACUUCGAGUGAAGAAAAUACACGGAAUAGUCCGCUUUUUCGAAAAAUUUCAUGCUGAACUUGAGUGAAUACUCAUAGAAUCGCGUGAGUAGUCCCUAGAGCGGUUAGGAAAAAAAACCGUCUUUGUAGGAUAAAGAAUGUUGCUUCCUGGAAAGGUCAAUUGUUUCAAAAAACUACUGUGUACUAUGCAAAAACAGUUUUUUUUUUUUCGAAAACAGUUUCAAAACAGCAAAAUAAAACGGUUAAGCAAAAAAAGUUGAUUAUUUUUUUUGAGCUUUUGUGCCUCUCACUUUUAGAAUGCCAUAAUUUUGAUACUUUCAUUUCUCAGAAAGAACGCCUUAUCAGCGGCGAAGCGGUCCUUGUUGGUGUCAAUGUUGACCACGACGAACUCGUUCAUGUCGCCUCUCAACAGGUUUUUCUUUUUUCCGUUUCACAGUUUUCUGACUCUCUUCUUCAGUUCCCUCUCCGUGAAGGAUCUGCCAGCCAAACUGCCGGAAGCACUUACUUUGGGGGUGAUGUUCGACGGUUAGUAUGAUCAGCGCUAAAAAGAUUUUUUUUUUUGAUUUUAGAGAUGGCAAGGGAGCUGAGACUUAUGUCGCGAUUGCUGGAGAAGGAGCUUCCUUGAAAAAUACCAAGGAUGUUGCUGUUCAGGCUGUUAUUGCUCAGGUUUGCAAAGAAAAUAUUAAAUUUUGCCAAAAAUCAUUAGAAAGUUUACACACAAAAUUAAUGAGUAGUUUGAUUAUUUCAGAUCUUCGCUCGUGCUGCUGAAAAAGCUGGAGUUGAAGCUCGCGUUGUCAACCUCAACUACCAAGAUGGAGGCCUUGUCGGUCUUCAGUUCGUGAGUAACCUCAUAAAUUUUCUCCACGAGAUUAACGGUUUUCAGUCCGCCUCAAACAAGAAUGUGAACAGUCAUACCAAAUCUCUCAUCAACGCCAUCCGAUCAGCUAAAGUUGCUGAUUUGGAAAACGCCAAGAAAGCCGCAGUCAACGAGGUUAGCUGAGAUAAUUAUGGUUCAAUCAUUUAAUUUCUGGAUACUUUUGAAAAAAUCAAAAAAUCAUGAUAUUCACUUUUUUGGGAACCUGUGACCUUUUUUUGGGAUAACUAUUCGAGCUGACCCGAAAACAGCUGUUUUUUGCGUCUUCGGUUUUAACCUGGAGAAAAGAUCUCGGAUAAACUAUUUCAAAUUUGUUCCCGGACAAAAACCUGGAUCACCUAAUUCUCACUAACUUCUCAGUAACCUGGAAUAAUAUUGAACUUUCAGGUUCUUUCAAACGCGCAGACCGCUUCUUCUGUGGCUCUUGACCGCGCUUCUCAAAUCCUCGCUGGUGCCGAAGUGGUCACUCCUUCCGAAUUCGCCGAACAAAUCAAGUCCGUCUCCUCCGACGAUGUUUCCAAGGUGAAAUCAUUUUUGAGAACUUCAUGGAAAUAAGUUUUUGCAGGCUCUCAAGAAAGUUUCUUCAAAAUUGUCGCUCGCCGCUUACGGUACUCCUUCCCUUGUUCCAUAUGCCGAUGAACUUUAA